AUUGGAUUUUAUUCUAAAUAUAGGAAGCCAGGAGUUAUUUUAAAAAUAAAUAGGAAUCACAAGAGGUAUUUUAAAAAUAAAAAAUAAAAAACUCUAGUUACUCUGUGGGAAACGAAUUGGAAAUGACCAAACUGGGAGCUUGUGGCAGAACGGAAACAUAAUCUAUUGUCCUGACUUAGAGGAAGGGACAAAUAUUUACUUAGCAAGCCUUUACGUGCCAAGCUGUUCUAAACGCUGAGGAUGAACAAACCAGAGUUCCUGCCUUCACGGUGUUCACAGACUAGCGGGCAGAAGACAGACACAGCACGUGUGGCGGUGUAGAGGGCUUGGUUGCAAGAGCCGAUAAGGAGGACCCUGGCGACUGCCUAGUCCAAAAGCCCUAGCUAGAGCAAGAUCAACUUGUACUGCCCUUAGUACAGCCACGUGAGUGGGGUGACCAUCGAUCUUAACCAAAAAGAUGUCCAGGCUUUCCUCCUCCUCACUCCCGCGUCCCCCGUCUCAGGGAGAGUCUCCCAGCUAGACCCCAGCAGCCUCAGCACACACCGCACGGGGCGACAGCUUCCGGGGGCGGGGCCCGGUCUCUCUCGGCGUCCACCGCGCCUGCUCCCCGGACGAAACCCGCGGACAGGGCUUUAGGUUCGCCGGAAUCCCACGCUCCCGACUUCUGCUUCCGGGUCGGAGCCAUGGCGGUGGCAAAUUCAAGUCCUGUUAACCCCGUGGUGUUCUUUGAUGUCAGCAUUGGCGGUCAGGAAGUUGGUCGCAUGAAGAUCGAGCUCUUUGCAGACGUUGUGCCUAAGACGGCCGAGAACUUUAGGCAGUUCUGCACCGGAGAAUUCAGAAAAGAUGGGGUUCCAAUAGGAUACAAAGGAAGCACUUUCCACAGGGUCAUAAAGGAUUUCAUGAUUCAGGGUGGAGAUUUUGUUAAUGGAGAUGGUACUGGAGUCGCCAGUAUUUACCGGGGGCCAUUUGCAGAUGAAAAUUUUAAACUUAGACACUCAGCUCCAGGCCUGCUUUCCAUGGCAAACAGUGGUCCGAGUACAAAUGGCUGUCAGUUCUUUAUCACCUGCUCUAAGUGCGAUUGGCUGGAUGGGAAGCAUGUGGUGUUUGGAAAAAUCAUCGAUGGACUUCUAGUGAUGAGAAAGAUUGAGAAUGUUCCCACAGGCCCCAACAAUAAGCCCAAGCUGCCUGUGGUGAUCUCACAGUGUGGGGAGAUGUAGUCCAAAGACUGAAUCAGGAUAUAUUUCCAAUUAAAUAUACCUAAGUGACUCUGCCCACCUCUGCAACCCAAUGUCACAUUCGAGUCUUACUGAACUACUUGACUGCAUUUCCCGAGAUCCCACCUCUUCUCGCCUGUACCCUGUGCGCGGAAAGUCAGCCCUCCACCUCCUGGCUUCCACUCCCAAAAUACUUCGUGCUUCUGCAGCUCUGGAGUAUUUACCGUGUUGGCUGUUUAAAUUUCUGCCUCCAUCAGAAGGCAGAAACUGACUCGCGAACUAUUCCAUCCCCAGCCGAUAGUAGACGCUUAAAAAAGAACGAAAGAAGGUGGGUGGAGGACUUCAGUAACAUCAGGUGGCAGCCUCAAUUUUAUCGUUUGUGAAACGUGGAUAGUAAUUCCUCUAUCACAUGGCUGUUGUACGAAUUAAAUGAAAAAAAAAAAACAUAACACGCUAGCUUGUUCAAUAAAUGUGAGUUGAAUUAAA